CUGGGUUGUUUGUGAGUCUUGGAUACUGAGGGUUGGACAGAUCUGAAAGACCAUCUACUGGAAAACUCUCCCAUGUGCUCUUUGCAAGAGCGUGUUAGUUAAGGCAUCUUAUCUUAACAUAUUAUUACAAAUCAUUGACUCCAUGAAAACCCUGACCGAGCUUGAUAAAGUAAAUAUGCUCUUAAACUGUAAUGACCUUGACUGUUGUCUCGCAGUGGCAAAGUUUCUGGCCGAGGUUUGCGAACUGAACUUAUGAUCCAGUGUGAAGUUUUAUCUAGUCAUUUUAACUGUAUUUAUAUUGUAUGUUCUGUAUGCCAAUAAAGGCUUAUUGAAAUUGUUAAGGCAUCUUUAGAUUUUCCACCUCCAGCAUCAAAAAUGGUUUGGACCUGACCGUUCUCAUGCAGACCAGGUGCUCAGGAGCAGCAGCAGCAGAAGGCCAUUGCUUUCACCUCCUGCCUGUGAGCUCCCAAAGGCACCUGGUGGGCCACUGCGAGGAGCAGAGUGCUGGACUAGAUGGACUCUGGUCUGAUCCAGCAGGCUCUUUCUUAUGUUCUUAUUUGCUGUUCUUUCCCAUUGAGCGAGCCACCCUGCUGCAGCUCCGUGGGAAAAGAGCAAUGCUGUUCUCUCUCUGUGUAAACCAGCCAUGCCCAUCCACUAAGUAUCUUACAUACCUCCGGCUCUUUCGGCCUGCUACCUGUGGCUCUUCCAAACACUGUUCCCCAAGUUGGCAUCUGCUCCAGGUUUCACUAAAGUGGGCAAUACCCUUGCCUGGUGGGGUUUGUGAUUUGCAGGUUGUCCUCGCGCUGAAACCACCACCACCACCAGAGGAACCGGUAAGCUGGUUACGUGUUCAGCAGUAUCUCUAUUUCCAAGUGCUCAGCCCCGGCGAUAUCCACUACAUCUUUUCUGCAACCCCAGCCAGGGAUUUUGGGGGAGUGUUUAACACAAGAUAUGAGCAGAUCUACCUGGUGCCCACAGAGCCUCCGGAAGCCUGCGGGGUGUUGAACAACGGCGUUUUCGUUGAAGGCCAGAUAGCCCUGGUGGAACGCGGGGGCUGCUCGUUCUUGUCCAAAACCCGCGUCAUCCAAGAGCACGGGGGCCGGGCAGUGAUCAUCGCAGACAACGCCUACGACAACGACAGCUCCUAUGUGGAGAUGAUCCAGGACAGCACCGGCCAGACAGCAGAUAUUCCUGCACUUUUCCUCCUUGGGAGGGACGGGUACAUGAUUCGGCGUUCCUUGGAGCAGCACGGGCUCCCGUGGGCCGUCAUUUCCAUCCCAGUCAACGUCACCAGCAUCCCAACUUAUGAACUCAUGCAACCCCCGUGGACAUUCUGGUAGCAGAGGAAAGAGCCGGCCCAGGAUGAACCUGGGAGCCUCUCAAAAAUGAGGUAGACUCAAAACUCUAUAUUCCCAAUUCUGCUGGUUCAGAGUCAAGUAAGACUUCCAUGGCCACGACCUGCCAGCGGCCGAUUCAAGCAACUUGAGCCAUACAACCUAUACUUCCUACGUGCAGAGCAGGUUUGUCCACAGUGAGUCAGACCACGUGGCACAGCACCAACCAGCAGAAGUUCUAUUCGGCGGAGAGAUACACAUCUGACCGUGACACACCUCUGAAGAUGCCAGCCAUAGAUACGGGUGGAAAGUUAGGAGCAAAAACUACCAGGCCACGGCAACGCGGCCCACAGCAGCCAGUCGAUUUCAGCCACGGAAACCUUCGACAAGCCACGGAAGUUCUACAGCUUCUUAGACCUCUUGAACUUGGAUCGCACCAGGAUCAUGAUGGCGCAAAGCGAGCGCCCCACGUUACGACUGACCCAGAGUAUGCUUGUAGAGCUCGGAGGCUCUUCCUGGAAUAUCUCGGGCCUGGAGGAGUAAAUUUGGGUCCCCAGCUUUAUUCAGCUUGAGGGCACCUACCGAAUUCUGACACAGCGCCGUGGGACCAGCCACAACAUAGCUGCCACAGCAGGAGCCAGCCCCUUACUUUCAGUCACAUCAUACAGGUCCUUAUGCUAUGCUUUAAAAAUAAAAACUGCACCACCAAUCAGAAACCGUUGGAGUUUCUGGUCCCGCCCACUUUCUAAAAACACUUGACAAGAUUUGUGGGUUUUCUGGGCUGUAUGGCUGUGUUCCAGUAGCAUUUUCUCCUGACGUUUCGCCUGCAUCUGUGGCUGGCAGACGAAACGUCAGGAGAAAAUGCUACUGGAACACUGCCAUACAGCUGGAAAACUCACCACACCCUGGUGAUUCUGGCUGUGAAAGCCAUCGACAAUACUUGAUGGGCCUCUGGAAAAAUGUCCGGAAGCGCCUUGGCGCCCACGGACACUGUUGUGAACCUCGGUGUAAAUAUUUCUAAGGGAAAGUUGGCUGGACCCAAUGGAGGUCAGUUUUGAGGAAGAUCACACUGCCCUGUAUCCUGAAAUAGGAGAGUUUUGCUUAACUGGCUAUCAAGUAAGAAGCUCUUCUGGUUCCCAUUCAUCCCAAUGCUUGAUGUUGCAGCCCACACCUAGGCAAAGGCCGCCGCUUGGCCUGUUCAUCGUAGUCUUUGCCCUUUGCUUCAAUUCAUGCAUUUUAGUAUACGGACUCAUACUUGAGGCCGCCUUAUUUUGAAGCAGACUCUUGGUCCGUCAUGGCCAGUAUUGUCUACUCAGACUGGCAGCUGGUCUCCAGGGUCUCUGCGGGAGGUCUUUCACCUACUCCCUGGUCCUUUUAGCAGGAGAUACUGGGAUUUGAAUCUGCUGCGUGCAAAGCAGAACACGUCCGCUGAGUGGCAGCCCAUUCCUGGGCUCCAUUCACACUGGCAGGGAUGACCUUUUGAAUCAUGUCUUCUCUUCCUCGCAAUCAGCGGGCUCCUUCUUGGGAAUAAAAACUAGGUUGUGUCUCCCUCUCCUAUCUGGGCUUUCUUGUUCACUUGUGGUGUUAUGCAAGAGAACUUCCCAGUAGUGGAGUAAAUGGAUUCCUGUUCCCUCCCUCGGUUUUAAUUGUUGUACACAAUAGGAACCCUUCCCUCUUCCCUUCACAAUCUUUAAAUGAAAGUUAUUAAAGAUUUUACAUCUCGG